AUGGCAGACAAUUUUAAUUCAGAUGCGUUCACAGCACAUGUACCUGAUGUCUCGGUACUGACUCCUCCCUCAUCCCAGCCCAAGAAGCCAACUAUAAGGCGGCCCCACAAUGCCAACAAACCAUCCCCUUUACCUGUCCAAUUCGACUGGAGUGGUGACAAAAACACGAAGACGCGGAGUUUAAUUGACCUCAUGGAGAAGCCUGAGAACUUCAAGGUUCUAUUUGGAAUGAAAAAAGGCGAGAACAGUUCCAGCGACUCGAAAAGCACCGUUUAUCAACGUAUUGCAUGGGAAAUAUGGCCACAGUACUGCGAGCUGAAUCUCAGAGGAACCUGGACAUGUGUACAGGGCAAAAUUACUAUCCUUGUCAAAGAGUACAAGAAAGAAGCCAAGAAUUUGCAACAAACUGGGAAUGGAGUACAGGAAGGCGAGGACAAUGAGGAUAGAGAACUAUGGUGGUAUAUUCCUUCAACUGGUCCUGACCAAAAUACACCACCCGAAGCUCACAAUAUUUGGGAAGCUAUUGAGCAGAGGUUCCUGUUCUUUCCCCAUCUAUAUCAAUUUCUUUCCACUCGCCCAAAUGUGAUCCCACCUGUCGUUACCACAGGAGUUACUCCCAGUGGACGGCAGACUGUUUUCCUUCAGCAACCAGCAGCUACAAUGUCCACCCCCAUCUUCUGCACUGUUAGUGACUCGUAA